GGACGAGUCUCAAACAAAAAUGCCAUGAGCAUGAUUAGGCUUUGGGGAUGGGAUGCUUUCCCUUUCACCGAAUCAGUGGGAGCAAGCCUAUGGAGCAAGCCUGGCAUCAGCUGGUUUGAGCUCUUGCUGACUGACAUGGUCAUUCCUAAGAUAAAUGAAGCUAUCAAGUCUCGAAUGUACAUCCUCCUUUAUGGAGCUGAAGACAACAAGGCAAUCCAGGAAAUUGAGGAGCCAGUGAAGAAGAUCGUCGAAGAUGGCAUCCCCAUCGCCGCCUACAAUGUCACCAAAAAUCAGCUCUUCUGGAGCCGCCUCGAGAGCCUUAUGCUCUCGAAACUGCAAACCAAAGCGGAUGUGCACGAACCCCUCAUGCAGGACAUCCUCUGCCUCUACACCAACUUCAAGAAGGAUGGUGGGUUCGCGGUCCUCACGAGGGGUCGCAGGUUGUGAUCAACGACUCGAUAAUCGACGUCACCAAGGUCUUGUCCCAGUACGAGACCACUUGGAAGAAGCAGGUCAAAGGGAACGAGAAGACGUUCGACGCGGCCUUCAAGGAGCACCGCGAGCGGGUCUUCGUCCUUCCGAGGUGCCACCACUUCUACAUCCCGAACAUGGUGGGCUACAUCCCGGAGGACGUGAAGUGUCCGGUUUGUCCCCGCAUGAUGAAGAACAUUGUCAAGUUUGAGUGUUGCCAUGGCGCACAUUAGGGAACCUAUGCGUCUCUCUGUUGGUCCAUGUCCACAAUAAAGGAGUUAUGCGAGAACUCCAUAGGCCGGGACAUGAAACAAAAGGCCUGUUUGCUGAGUCCUUUGAGUUUGGGAGUUGCCUACGUUUAGGGCAACCAUUAUCUAAGUUGGCAUGUACAAGUACUUCGUUUGAGCUCGUGGUUUUUCGCUCUGAAAA